ACCCCAUCGUGCUAUUCAUCCAAAAGAAUUAUUUAUAAAACCAAACUUUACUGGUUUUUGUAAAUGGUUUAAAAACUGGUUUCAAACAAUUCUUCGUUGUUGCACAAUGGAGACCAAUUUUGAUCAGGAUGUGAUUGCUGCCAUUUUCAAGUUCGUUUGGAGCAAGAAGGCAAUCGAUCGGGAGAAGAUUGAAGACGGUGAGGCUUCCAAAGGCGAGGAACGAGCUGGAACCUCUAAGAAAAACCGGCCUACUUCCGCCAAUCCAAAUGCUGUGAGGCUGAGUUGUGAACUACUUCGACUGUUUGUUACAGAAGCAGUCCAACGAGCUGCUACUAUUGCGGAAGCUGAAGGCGGGACCAAGAUUGAAGCUACUCACCUGGAAAGGAUACUUCCUCAGUUACUGUUAGAUUUUUAAGGUGAAGGAGUUCUUUAAGGUGUUCAUGGAUGUUAUGAACCUUGUGAGCCAAGCUUGAAAGUUCCCACGCCUCGGAGGUGGCCGAGAUGUACCUACGUUUAUGCAAAAUCAUAUAACACAUGAUAUAUUGCUUGUAAUUUGGACAAAAUGGAAAAUAAGCUUAUAUAUGAUCAUCAAUUAUCAUAGAACGGGUUGUAGGCUAUGGUGUUUGAACGUGUUUUUGUUGUUUAAACGUCUAAUAAGCGAAUGUAAUUAUGUAA